CUGUUUAGUUGUUUGUCAAAUACAGUGCACGUACAGUUUGGUUACCUAACGUCCUUUAAUUUUUAUCGUAGUCUCAUCCAAGUUUUGCUUUAAGUACAUAUCAUAUUAGAUAUUAGAUUAUCGUGUGUAGCGGGUGAUAUAUGCAAACGUUAUUCAAACUGUUUUAUCGACACCGACAGAAGUCAGUUUUAAAUACUAAUCAUGUGUUUCAAAAUCAUAUUGUGUUGAUGUCACUGAUACACAGAUUGCAAUGAUUUAGUGGUAACGUUAUAGACGGAGAAGCGACAGCCAGAUAAUCGACAUUUUUUAAAAGCUGACAGUUUGUCAAGAAAGCCAAGGGUCUGGCGAAUGGGAAUGUAAUUUCUCAUAUUUACGAGGAAAAUGUGUCGCGAAGCUGAAGUGGCAAUGGGCGGGGCACAUAGUACGAAGAGUCGAUGGCCGUUGGAGUCCCAAGGUGCUGGAAUGGCGACCCCGCAUUAGAAAGCGCAGUUUUGGUCGACCACCUACCAGGUGGACUGACGACAUCAAGCGAGUCGCAGGAGUGUUUUAUGAUGGUGCAGUAAAUGCAAAUCAUUUAAAAGAAUGAUAUUGAUUUGAAUAUAAAAUCUGAAUAAACUGCGAAUGAUGCCGGUCCGACCUUUACCCCCAGCAUUGGCGGAGAAAGCCCGAAUAGAGUUAGGUGAAGAUCCUAAGAGACUUGAAGAAAAUAUUCGGCAUAUGAAGCAAUGGAUUUCGAUACAAUCUCAUUUGCGAGCUAGAACAGAUGACCAGUGGUUGGCGGCAUUUCUAAGAGGAUGUAAACAUAGACUUGAACAAACCAAAACUAAAAUGGAGCUUUACUAUUCAUUGAGAAGUAGGGCACCAUACUUAUACAGCAUUAAACAUUUUGAACCUAAGUUUAUGGAAGUUAUUAAUUUAGGAACUGCAUUAAUUUUACCAAAAACGCAAAAUCCGGCAGAUCCUAGAGUAAUUUUGUUAAGAAUCGGUCAAUACGACACUAAGGAUUAUAGUGCCAUAGAUAUUAUGGCUGUAUUGGGUCUUAUGGAACAGAUAUGCUUCAUGGAAGACGAUAAUUUGGUAGUCUCUGGAACUGUUAAUGUGGUGGAUUUAGGUGGUACAAGAUGGAGUCAUUUUACGCAAACAUCGAUCAGACAGUUGAAAUAUUUAAUUCAAGCAAAUCAGGACGCCAUGCCUAUGAGAAUAAAAAGCGUACAUUUUCUAAAUACACCGAUGUUUUUUGAAACUUUUUUUAAUAUAUGCAAGAGAUUCCUCAAUGAAAAAACCAAGAACAGAUUAUGGAUGCACAAUAGAAAUAUCGACGCAUUGCAUGAACAUGUGCCUAAAGAAAUACUGCCGAAAGAAUAUGGUGGUAGCGGUGAUAGUAUCCCAGAAAUUAUAGCUUAUUGGAAAAAGAAGGUGCGGAGCUAUAAUUCUUUUCUAGAAGAGGACUUGAAGUAUGGUACUGAUGAAUCUAAACGUCCUGAUAAAUCUGCAAAAAUUGAAGCUGUCAAUGAACCAUUCAGAAGAUUAGAGUUAGAUUAAGUCUUAAUUUUAUUAAUAGGUAGCUGUAUAGUUUUAAGGUUAGGGCAAAAAGAGGUUUCUACUAUAGAUGUUAUUAAUUACAAGUAGAUGUAUAGUGCCAUUAUUUAUAAGAGUGCCACAAACUUUUCUGGCCUGUGGCCAAAACUGGAACUAACGUCACGGCAGUCGCCAUUUUGCAAAACAACUGCAAGCGACAACAGCGACACCCACACUCAUCGGGCCAGAUAAGGAUGUGGCAACUGUGGCACUUUGUUAGACCAUUCUCAGUCGGAUUUUUGCGGCCGUUUGGUGCAACUUUGUUCUUGUAGUUUUGCAGUUUGCCGUUAGAUGGCUCUUAUCGCUUUUAAGUUUAUUUUAAACUGCGCUAAGGAGAUUCUCGCUCAAACAAUGGCUACUGCGAAAUUUUUUAUCAAAAUCAUACUUACCUGGCGUAGGGGACACCGUGAUCAAGAAGGCGGUUCCCCCAGAGCGAGGCCCUUCCAUUGCACUGCGGUUGGGUUGACCUCUGCGAUUAUCCCUAAUGUGGAUAACUCGGACGCGUAAUUUUUGGUAGUGGGGACUGCGUACGCGCCGUCCCCCCAGAAACUAGCUGACAGUUGAUAAGUUUAAAUGUUAAUAAUAUAAUAUGAUCAAGUUGUAAUUUUUUUUUCACCAAUUUUAAAUUAAAUUUUUCGUUAUUAAAUUGGAGUAUAUGGUAUGUCUAUUGUCUAUGUGGAUAUUGAAUAACAGUAUUGGGUGUUGGGUGUAAACUGUAAACUGUAAAGUAGUUGAAUUAAAGUUUAGUUCUUGUAGACUUGUAGUUGUAAGUACUUGUAUUGGAAAUUUGUGAACCUGUUUUAAUUUCUACGUGUCAAUUUCACUUAUAAAAUAAAUGAAAACUGUCCAAAUAAUUAAUUAACUUUAUUAUGUAAUUACCAAUUUAUAAAAUGGAAAGUCUUAGUUUAAGAAAAUUUUGAAAAAGGGCUAAACAACUCAGUUGUAUGCAUAUUUAUUUUAAUCUACCAAAUGUAAUACGUCAACGCGACGCUCAAGUAAAUACACUUUUAUCAUCACAAGCACAAUGUUUUUGUUGAAAGUCUUAGUUAACCACUUAAGAAUUGUUGUGUUUCCGUUGUCCACUUUGAUAAAUUUUAUCAUCUAUGAUUACACAUUAUUUAAUAUAAAUUAUCAGAUUAUUGUAAUAAUAUACUGUAAGGAAGUUUGAAAAUACCUAAAAUGUAUUGCAUUUUUCAUUACCGAUCUUAAUGACAUUUGAAAGUGAUAUCAUAAUUAAAAUGUACUUAAAAACAUU